AUGGCGCUCACUUCUUUGGGGAGCCAGAUGGCAUUUCAGGCAAUGGCGUCGAUCACGGCGAUAGGGUUGUACAUCUCCUACGCGCUGCCCAUCUUCUUCCGGGUGACCACUGCCCGGAAGUCGUUCCUACCAGGGCCGUUUCACCUUGGCCAGUAUGGGAUCGCCGUCGGAUGGGCUGCCGUGCUUUGCCUUCGUCACUGUGCUCUUCUCUUUGCCGGUGGCGUACCUGGUGGCAAAGGAUGA